AAAGAAAUUGAAUGAGUCUCUAAGAAUGUUAAUGUUAUUGGAUUUUACUACCUCAUCUUUUCAAUUAGCUUCACUGCUUAUAUCAAUAAUUAUGCAAGAGGCAUCUGCUCUGUUAUAUUUUGGAAUUGUCUGUUUCACAAUGAUGCUUUAUCAAAUUAUAGCACUCUAUUGGUUUGCAAAUGAAAUUAAGAUACAGAGCUUUGCAAUAUCUUUGGCAACAUAUGAAAUUCCCUGGUACACGUUUAGUACUAGUAUGAAUAUCAGAAUUCAAAUAAUAAUAAUGAGAUCUCAAAAAUCUCUAGCUCUCUACAUAGGUCCUUUUGGAGAAAUGUCUCUUGAAAAAGCAGUAUCGAUUAUUAAAACAGCAUACAGUUUCACCGCUUUUAUGUACAGAUAAACUAACUUAAUACGUCAAAAAAUCACACAAUUUAAUAUAUUAAAUACUAAUAAACUGCACACCACAUUUAACUUGAUUAUAUUUUCACAAUUAAAGUUGACUAGAAUAUACGAACAUUAAUAAUAAUUAGAUCUCAAAACCACUAGCUCUUUACAUAGGUCGUUUUGGAGAAAUGUCUAUAGAAAAGGCAGUAUCGGUAAGGAAACUACGAAAUAAAUUAGAUGUUAAAUAAAAAUUCUAACUUAAUUCGUCAUACAAGUCAUAGAAUUUAAUAUAUUAAAUAAUAAGAAACUGCACGCCACAUUUAAUUUGAUUAUAUUUUCACAAUUAAAAAAAUGUUGACUAGA